AUGGAGGCCAAUUUGACCACAGCACAGACGGGCAACAAAGUCAGGGUUCAUUACACCGGCCGGCUGGACGAUGGCGAAGUAUUCGACUCGUCGGAAGGCGGCACACCCAUGGCCUUCACCAUCGGGAGCGGUCAGGUGAUACCGGGUUUCGAGAACGGUGUCACAGGAAUGGCCGUCGGCGAUACCAAGACCGUCCGGAUCCCGUGCGUCGACGCCUACGGCGAGCACCAUUCCGACGGCGUGAUGCAGGUGCCGCGCGGCGAAUUCCCUCCGGACAUGCCCCUGGAAGUAGGCACGAGCGUGCAGGGGCAGCAGGAGAGCGGCCAAGAGGUGAGCUUCACCAUAAUGGCAGUCAGCGACGAGGCGGUCACGUUAGACGCCAAUCACCCGCUGGCGGGCAAGGACCUGACCUUUGACCUGACGCUGGUGUCUAUAGAAGGAUAA